GGUCGGCUUCUCGCUCAUAAUUACUCAUUGAAAUGAAGACUGCCACCGCCGGCCCUCGUCGUUUGUAAUGUACACAAUGACGACUUUUGGAUAAUCCACUAUUACCUCGUACCAAGGAGGACUUCAUUAGGCGCGUCUACCUUGUAUUUCGAUUUCGCGUACAGUGACACUGCCUGCGCUGUUUUCGGAAACAUCAGCAUGCCCCCAGCCAUCGAAGCACAACCCGCUGCGGAAUCGGCAAACCGUCCGGAUGCUGAUAAGGAACAACCGUCCGUCCCUCAUCAGAUGCAGCUCCAACCAUACACACCACUGGAGCUAGCAGUUGGAGACGGCGCCGAACACGAACAAGAGUCCAACGCUGGUCUGACACGGACUAGUUUCGCGGACGGCGCCCGGUUUCUUCCUGCACCGACCGACUUCCUCAGCUGGGCCUCUUUCGGCGAGGUUACUCUCCGGCCGAGAAAGAAUGCCAGGAGGUCUCGUCUCGACAGGAUCAUCUCUCCCCUCAAGUCGGUCGGCGCCGGACUGCCGGGCAACGUGAGUGUGGAGGGUCUGGGCGGGCUCAUCGAGUCCGCUCACGGUAUCUUCCACUCGGUUCGCCGCCUCGACUUUAUGGAAUCGGAGCGUACCAUGUACAUGUACUCGCCCCCAACUCCCGGAGGCCCCCGCGUCCCGGCACCCGACAAGCUUCCCCGACGCGAGCUGGAGAGGUACGAGGACGAGCUCUUCGACCUGAGCAAGUACAACGGCGCGUCCGACUAUCUCACCGCCAUGGCGUGGACCGAGGAGGCCAUGUCGGGGUCUCUGACCCUGUAUCGGGUACUGUCCGGCAUCGCUGGCGAGGCGACGGGCGUCCGUCCCGUUGCUGCCAUGCGCGACGUGCCGAGCCAGGUGCUGGCCAGGAUGCGGACGGACGGGAGGGUCAGGCGGAAAGCCGUGGUGACCCUGAUCGAGGACGACGACCGCACGUUUGACUGGAAGGCGAACCCGGGCAGGGGCCCGCGAUACGUCAGGCUCGCCUCUUCUGGGGUGCGGUCCCCGGGCCGCUCUAGCUCUAAUAGCAGCAGGUAUCGCGGACCGGGCAUGGCCGACGCCGAUGGGGUCUGCGCCACCCUGCCGCAGUUCUUUGCCCUGCUGCACUCGCGCCGGUCUCUCCUGGAGAACGUUGGCUCGUCCUGGGUGACCCAGACGCGCACCGAUGACGGCGAAGCCCACCCCAUGGUCUUCCUGACCAAGUCACCCCAGUCGAGCCCCCACGAGGGCAACCGAGUGCACGUCGCCGUCUUGGUUCCGAACGACGCGCUCUGGGCCGAGGAUGAAUUCAUCUGGACCGACCAGACCGGGCUAGCCGAGUUCCGGCAGAGGCAAUAUUGGGACUUGAUCGAGCCUCCGAGUCGGAGAGCCAGAGGCAGAAGUCGGAGUCGAAGGAGGGAGCGUGAUGAUGCCGGACCUACAAGAUCUCCAAUCAGGGGCAGAUCUUGAGAUUGGUGACGGGUUGCCCGCCUUGGCCAAGAGGUUGGGGAAAAUGGGAGUGGGCGUGAGAGGAGAGAAGAAUGCUCUUAAUAG